AUGGAAACCAGCUCCUGCAUGAUUGAACUCUACAAGCCUCCAGGUUCUCUAUCUGUCGGGAUGUCCUGUGACAUGCAGGCUGUUUUCCAACCUAUGAUCAACGAGGACCUGGAAGGAGACCUCCAUUUUUCCUCGGCAGCGGGUCCCUUCUCUGUGCCUGUCAGGUGCACCAUAAAGAAAUGUGAACUGGAGGUUGACAGUCAGUUAGUUGACUUCGGUUCACACGUGGUGGGCCAGACUAUUUCACGGACUAUCACCUUGUCCAACAAGGGAGCUCUGGCCACCCUCUUCAGCCUGGACACCACCACAUGGCCCAGUCCAGAAUCUCACCAUGUCCAGAUGCCAUCUCCGGUCUCCGCCCACACAUGCCAGGAGACAAGCAGUCAAAACACAACAUGUGGCAGUCAAAAGAGCUCCGGAGAAAUCCGAACAAAGCAAGAGAGACAGAAGCUCUGUGAGGCAGCACAGCAAGAGAAGCCAGGUGAAGUGUCAGAGGGUUCAGCUGUCGGUCCGGAAGCUCUUCCUGAGGCGUGUGUGUCCACUGAUGCAGAACUCAAUCUAGACGAAGACACCAGUGAUAUAAGUCUAGGAAAUGUUAGAGAGGGGGAGAUUGGAACUUUUGAAAGCAUCAAACUAGAGGUUGUUUUCGCUCCAACAGUUCCAGGAGAGGCCAAACUAGAUUUCCACAUCAAGUUCUCCAACCAAUCCAGCAAACCAAUACCUAUUCACGUGAGGGGGACUGCAGUCAGCAUCCCUGUAUGGGUGGUUCGGCCCACUGUUGAUCUGAAGAUCUGCAUGUUCGACCGCCUCUAUCAAGACACUGUCGCGGUCCACAGCAGAGCCAGCACUGCGUUGAAGGUGACUUUUGACGUGUGCCCGGAAAUGAGGAAACACAUGAAGCUCUUACCAAAGACCGGCUUCAUCCAGGCUCAAUCAAGUUUUAAUGCCCAGCUGAAGUUCCUGCCGAGACUUUCCUUGUCCAAAGAUGCCACGAAGUACUUUGACAGUGAUACAGGAGUCCUGGAGGUUCCAAUGACAGUGCAAGUAGCAGGCCAGGUGCAGCCUGUCCAUUUCACGGUGCAGGCAGUGGUGACUUGCACAGACCUGCAGUUCGAGCCCACUGAGGUGGACUUUGGCUACUGUUCCGUUUUCCAUUCGGUCAGGAGCCGCGUCCGCCUCUCCAACCUGUCCCUGCUGCCACAGGAGUUUGGCUUCCUGGGAGUUCCAGAGUUUAUUGAGGUCCAGCCCAAUGAUGGCUUUGGUACUCUGCUCCCACAAGAAACCCUGGACCUUGAUCUGAUUUUCAGUGCCAACGAAGCCAGAGAGUACAACUUCCAGCUCACCUGCAAGACUGAAAUUAACAGAGAUUUCCUGCUGUCUUGCCGAGCAGUGGGUGUCCGCCCUCCCCUUGAGCUCUCCCAUUCUCUGAUCCAGUUUAGAGCCACGGCGUUAUGUGGCAACUCCCAAGCCAUAAUUUACCUCACAAACCCUCAGGCCAACCGUAACCAGUCCAAACAACCAGUAACGCCAGUGGUCAAGGACGUCACGACUCCUGAAGGACCCAGGCUGUUCUCCUUCACCCUACCCAAGGACUCGGACAUCAGCAUCACACCUUCAGUAGGACGCCUGCUCCCCGGACAGAGAUGCAAGGUUCAGGUGACAUUCAGACCCAGAAUGUUGGAGCAAGAGAUCACAGAAGAGGCGCAGCGUGUUGUCCAGCGAGCCAAGGUGCUCCGCGAGAAGGAGCUGGCGAUGAAGAGACUCUCUGAACAGGAGACCAAAAAGGAGAUCCCAGUGGAACCCGUCAAAGGAAAAAAAUCACCUGCAAGUCUAAAGCACAGCAAGAUGCCAGAUGAGCCAAAGAAAGACCAACAAUCAGAAUCACCAUAUCCUGUCGACAUACAGCCAGGGUCAGAGCAGUAUGAGCAGGCCAGGGCUUCUCUGCUGGGCUCCGUAACUCAGCGCUGGAGCGACUUCAUCGUUCCCUGCUUCAUAUCAGAUGGAGACCCUCCUGACGAUGACAGACAGGCCCCACCGACAUGGAGUGCCUUCAACACGCUCUACUUGAAGCUGCAGUGUCCUGCUGUCAAGCCCUCUCUAUUGGUGAUUUCCAGCAACGGACACUCCAUCAUAGACUUCCAUCAGGUGGCAGUGGGACAGAGGGUGUUUAAGAAGUUCACAGUUCAGAACAUUUCCAAUGAACCUCUGGAUCUGAGGACGUCACUGCUGGACAUACAUGGUCCGAUUUCUCUCCUCAAUGCUCUCAGAUGCAUUGGACCAGGAGGAAAACACACUCUGUUGUUUGCCUUCAGUCCAGAUCAGGAGAAAACGUACUGUGAGACUCUGGACAUCUGUGACCAUAGAAUGAGCCUGGAGGUGACGCUGCGUGGGGAGGGCGUGGUCCCCGAUGUCACCUCGUCCCACCCUGGAGGUCUUUUCGACUUCGGCUGUGUGUUGGAGAAGGAGAGCACCUCACAGGUGGUAAAGUUGCAGAACAACUCUGCGGUGGAGGUGGGUUUCAGGGCGCUGCUUGCCAGUCUGUCUCCCCCCAGGCCUCAGAGUGCCGCUGAAAUUGUCGAUGUCAUGCUGGGUGACUACACAGACUCUGAGGUCCGGCCCAUUGUGGGAACCCAGAACUACAGUGGGCGGAGUGUGUUUAGUGCAGGUCCAGUAAAGGGCAGCAUUGCUCCAGGACAGAGCCAGGACAUCACCGUCACCUUCCAGCCUGACCACCAGUCUGUCAAAUAUUCUGACAAACUCACCAUACAGCUCAUGAAUAAGAGUGAAGUGUGUGUGAUGGAUCUGACGGGGGCCGCCUCCUCACACAACAUGUAUCUACACGGAGGAGACGUCCUGAACGUGCCCUUCGAACCCCUCCUCCUUCCACUGAUACCCAGUCAAGCUCAGCCCACAGAAGACUCAGAGGGGAGGUCAGAACCCCGCAUCACGGUGCUGGUGACCCUACGGGCACGCUGCAGCGGGGGGGCCAUCACGCCUGCAGUCAGGGAGCUGCAGGUGGGCUGCAUCCGCUCCAGUAAGAAGAGUGGUGAGUUUUACCUGGAUAAUGUGGCGUCCCUUCAGCAACAGGGCUUCAGUAUAGAGCCCAGCAAAGGCACAGUGGAGGCAGGCCACACACGCACCAUCAGGGUCACAUGGAUCCCUCACAGUGGACACAAGCCCUAUGAGGUGGUGCAGACAUGUGUGCCUCUUACUGUUAGGGAUGAGAAGCAUGUUUACAGAGUCACCUUGAUGGCUUCGGUCUCCCACACUGCUGACUGACCUCUGCUGUACCUGGAUGACGGCCACUGGGGAGAUCUGGUCACACACACACACUGAAACUAUACACAGAUAUGCCAUAUACUGUAUAUUCAGUACGUGCAUGAAUUCCCUGUUU